CGUCGUUCACUGUAAUGUCGUUUUUUGUAUUCGCGGUAAUGUCGUUCGCGGUAACGUCGUUCGCGGUAAUGUCGUUCGCGGUAACGUCGUUCGCGGUAAUGUCGUUCGCGGUAAUGUCGUGUCACGGAUAGUACGUUAGUUUCUAAUUUACAUGUACAUCACGCGUGGGAAUAUUUCAGGUUCAAUUUGGAGUUCAUAUCGCAGGAAUUAAAAGAACAGAGGAUUUAAAAACCACCAAAAUUGCAAGAUCAAUAAAUGUAGCUUUAUUUCGGGAUAUAAUCAAUCAUAUUGUCGGAACUGGCCGACAGAAUGAAUAUAUUACGCCAAAAGAAGCCAAUAUUACAAGAUCCACCGUAUCACCCGUAUAUCGGUGGACUGUUGGUCUUACAUCACCUCGUCCUGUUAAAAAACCAACAAAAUCAUCAACUACCACAAAACCAACUGCUAUUGAUCGAAUAUCGUCUGUUUCUCCUAGAUAUCGCUUUAAAGAACCAUCGUUUCCCAAGUUGACAUCAACGGACUCUGGUGAUAUAUUGAAGAAGAAACGUUUUACCGUAAAAAUAUUCUUCAAUAGACAUUUAUAUAGAGGUAGGAAACCGCAACAACAAACAAAAUAUCCAUAA